GUCCGGGAGAUGGUGAGCGCUCUUCGGGGCUUGCCUGAAGCUCUUGGCAAGCUCUCGAAACCGAAGGGCUUGAUCGACCCGAGAGGGUUGGGAAAACCUCAGAUCCUCGGGGACAAUGCGGAUGAGAAGUUCAGGUUGUGGGCCAUCAAGCUCGAGGACUACGUGAGCGGCGUCUUCGGUGGCAAGAGUCGGGAAGUGCUGGAAUGGGCAGCUGGCAUGGAUGCAGAGAUCACCCCAGCUGAGAUAGAUGCAAGCUUUGGAGGAAGCGCCGACAUCCUGGAACAGUGGGAUGAGGUGCAUGAGUUCAACGAGCAGCUCUACACCGUGUUGAGGGCGACGACAGAAGGAGGACCCUUCGACCUGGUUGAGAACUGCGCCACCGGAGCUGGCUUGGACGCUUGGAGAAGCUUGCACCGCCGGUUCGAUCCGGCCACUGGAUCAAAGAAGAGGGUGAUGCUCCAAGCCCUGACAAAUCCUGAGCGGGCUAGCUAUGAAACGCUUCAGGGGGGCUUUGGAGCGGUGGAAGGCUCUCAGUCUCUCGCCAUGAACGCCCUCGAGAAGCUGGUCCCGAAGGAGCUUGAGACUCACCUGAUGCUGAACUAUGCCCGCUUCAAGACCUUUGAGGAAAUGGAGAAAGAGGUGGUCAACUUUAUGGAGGCGAAGACGGGGUCAAGGAUGAUCGUGAGCUCCAACUUCUCCAAGCCCUCAGGGGGGCAGCUCAGGGCCAGUCCCAAUGGACGUGGACAGCCUCGUGAAGGACACAAGAAGGCCGAAUGCUGGUCGGCCCAAGGAAAAGGGAAAGGCCAGAAAGGAGGAGGUGGCAAGGGCAACAACAACAAGAACUCCGCUAACGCCCUUGAUCUUCCAGAACCUGAGCCUCGACCUGGUGAUGCAAAUGGAUUGGAGCUGUGUGCAUUGGAGGUGUGCACCUUGGAGGAGGCAAGAGAGAGAAGCUCAGUGCGCAGCGAGAGCCAACGAGCAUCCACCCUGCGCAGUGAGAGUCAUCGUGCAUCGACCCGGACGAGAUCCUCACGCCGAAGGACGGAGAGCUCAGCAGCAGACAGAUCUGCAUCCUCCGUUGAGUCCUCAGACUCAGUGGAGAAGCCCUGGUUGAAGUGCAACCUGGAUACCGGAACAUCGGUGACCGUCUUCCCCAAGGACAUGUUCGAAGCAGGCGAGCCCAAUGACAUGAGAUUGAAGACAGCAUCUGGGGAGGUGGUCAAGGCCUAUGGGAAGGCAACCGUCCAUGGCAAGGACACCCGUGGUUUGAUGCGGAAGCUCAAUGGCGGAGGAGAGAUCAUCCCGCUGAACCACCCGGUGAGCAAAGCGAUGAUCACGGCAUACCACAAAGCGGUGGAUGAGUUCGAUAAGAUGGGCAUCAUCCCUGUCUAUGAGGAGAAUGGGGUCUACAACUUCUACCUCUACGAGGAGCGGCUGGAGCAGGGUGUUGAAGCCAAGGAAUUCGAUGACAAGAUCACCCCGACCUGGCUAGAGGAUGAGGGAGAUACGCCAUCCGACUUGGAGAAGAAAGAGCAUGAGGCUUCAGGGCAUGCGGUCUACAGGAGCUGGCGUCCAGAGUGCAUUCAGGCUGCAGGUCGAGUUCAGCAGCAUAGGAGGGUGCCCCGAGAGGAAGAGACGACCAGCACGGUGGUGAUGGACUACUUCUACCUCAACGAAGAGGAAGGAGCACGGCCACAUUGGUUCCUGGAGCUGUUGGGCUACAAGGAGAUCGUGCUGAAGAGCGACGGGGAGCACUCGCUGGUCAGGAUGAAGAAGGCAGCUGGCAGGGACGCCAAGAACCUGGUCAAGACCAUCUGUGAGGAGAGCCCUGCAGGAGAUUCAAGAGCGAACGGAGAGGCAGAAGCAGCUGUUCGUGAGAUCAAGUGGAGGAUCAAGGCCAUCCACUUGAUGCUGGAGAAGAAGUUCGAUGGGGGCCUGCCUGAAGGCCAUCCGUUGACCUUGUGGAUCCCACGCUAUGUGGCUGAGCAAUCGAACCGCUACAAGGUGGGAGCUGAUGGUGUGCUGGGCAUGACUUCGGAGGGUGUCUUGAGGAAGCCAGGCGAAGGAGCAGUGGAAGACAUUGAGGACCUCUUCCGGAGCGAGGAGGAUGAGAGGGCGGCGGCAGCUGGUGCUUCACCGGCGACCAUCGAAGCAAUUGAAUGGAUGACCGAGCUCAUGGGGAGUUUGGAGGCGGCUCAAACCCUGGCAGACCUGGCUGCAAUGGACGUCAUUGAAGUGUUUUCCCCAAGCCGAGUCAACAAAGAGGUGGAAAGGUUUGGACUUCGGCUGGGAGCAGCGAUUGACCUGGAGGAGCUCAAGCCUGAUGGGUCAGAGAAAUGGGAUUUGGACCAUGAGGCAGACUUCCAGUUGGCCUUGGACAUGAUCGCCUACGAGCAACCAUACUUGGUGACGAGUUCACCACCUUGCACGACGUUCAGCCCGCUGAGGAGGCUGUCGGACUUCAAGCGGGACAAGAAGAUCGUUGAGGAGGAGAAGGAGAUUGGCAAAGCACGGCUCAAGAAGAGCCCUAUGUGCAAGUUUGGCAUGAAGAUGAGCAAUGAUGAUGGAGAGCAGUGCUAUGUCCGCAAGGAGACAUUGUGGAUGACCAACUCCAAGUGCAUUGCAGAGGAGUUGCAAGGUGUGUGCAUCAACAAGCUCAAGGGGCAAGAGGUCCACAGGCAUGUACACCUCAUUGGGCGAGACCGUGCCAAAGCCGCCCAGGUGUACCCAGUACCACUAGUGGAGGCCAUCCUUCGAGGACUGAAGAAGGAGCUGGUGAGCACCAAUGCUUUGAGCGCAGUGGAGGAGAUGCUCACGGGACCUUCCCCGGAUAAUGGCAAUGAGAUGGACAUGGAGCUCAGAGCAUGGGAGGAGGAGCAGUACAUGGACGAUAAGGCCCGGGAGCUCGAGUUGCAGUGGUUGAAGAAAGAGGAGGUGUACAUCCGAGUUCCUCGGAGAGAAGCCACUGGGAAGCUCCUGCAGUGGAAGUGGAUGGACGUCAACAAAGGGGACAAUGAGAACCCUUUCGUGCGCAGCAGGAUGGUGGCGAAGGAGAUCAAGAAGGCCAAGCCAGCAGAGAUGCAGCUGGGUGGUGCCGACACCUUCUCCGCUACUCCGCCGAUCGAGGCCGUGUACACCCUGCUGAGCGCCUUCAUGUCCAAGGACCCAAAGAAGGGCGAGCUCAAGCUCGCGAACUGGGACAUCUCCCGUGCCCAUUUUAUGGGGCGUGCUGCACGAGACAUUUUCAUGGAAUUGCCGGAGCAAGACCGAGUGCAGCCAACUGACCAAGAACCCAUGGUCGCAGAGCUCAUGCGGAGCAUGUACGGGACCCAGGAUGCGAGUAAAAUCUUUGAGGAAGAUUAUCAAGGGUGGCUGAAGCAGAAUGGAGGAACAUUUUGUUCACUAUGCCCGGCCAUCUUCAGGUUUGAAGAGCGUGGACUACUUGGCCUUGUCCACGGCGACGACUUCCUGGUGGUGGGGGAAUAUGCUCAACUUCGCUGGUUGGAUGGCAUUCUCAACAAGAAGUACACAGCGAAGUGGGAGAACCUCGUUGGUGAUGGGCCAGGCGACAAGCGGUCAAUGACCUUCCUGAAUCGCCUCAUCAAGUACAUCCCAGAUGGAGCGGACCUGGAGAUUGAAGCGGAUACCCGCCACGCAGAGAUUUUGCUGCGAGAGUUCGGCUUCAAUGAAACCACGAAGGGAUGUGACAUUCCGGAGGACAAGAUGACCCAGGCUGACCUGACAGGCAAUCAAUGCUUGAGAGCAGGCAGGUGA